AUGAAGCACCUAUUUCUUGUAUUUCUUUUCGCCUUCACCCAAAACGGAUACAGUCAAACAACGCGUAACUGUUAUACCUGUGCCAGUACAGAUUUGAGAAACAAAUGGUAUCUAACUGGAUUGGCACCGGUCCCGGAUACCUAUUUCGCUGGAAGCUGCGCCAAUCGAGCAACCACUAUGAACAGAGAAUCUUGUUCUGGACCAUGUAUGACGAUGGUUUUUGAAAAUCCUGAUGAAAUCGGAUCUACUCAAGCUCCAACCACCUAUGUUGUCCGUGGUUGUCAUCGGACUCUAACCAAUGUCGUAACCGACAGAAUAACUAAUAACGGAGAUUUUUGUGAGCUCGACACUACCUACCGGAUGGCUGAUCGAAGAGGAAAUGUUGUGAAUGUUCGAAUGAUGACUAUGUUAUGUGGAGACCAAGAUUUGUGUAAUGAUAACGAAUUCAUUCAAGCAGACUUUAUGGUUGGAGUGUCCUGUGCCAAUCAGACUAACAACAACUUGUUAAACAAUGCUCCUCUCAACUGCUACGACUGCACACCUACUGAAGGAGAUAACUGUCACGAGUCGAAAUGUACGAAAAAGUACUGUAUGAAACAACAAGUGAAACUCGAUGGUGGAUUCCAGCUGACAAAAACAUGCACCAACGUGAACGUUCUUGGAUUGGACAACGCCUGUCAGACAUUUGACGUCCUCACAAAUCCAGGAGGAGUCGCAGUUAAGAGUCAGUACACUCAAUGUUAUUGUAAAGACAAGCAGUUCUGUAAUUCUGGAAUCUCAUAUUCUGUCAUUCUCUCUUCUUUCUUGACCAUAUUCUUCCGGUCUCUCUUUUUGUAA